AUGCUGUUCAAGAAUUCAUUCUUUGACGUUAAUAUCUUAGAUGAUGCAUUAUCCAGUCCUAACAUUGAAUUGACCGUUCCAUUACCUUUUGAUGAACCUCAUUUUGAUUUUAAAGAUAAUGAACCAGAGAUCAGAAACUGGAAGAUUUUAUUGAAUUUCAUUGAAUUUGUAACUGGAAUUAAAGUCAACGAUAUUUAUAGUAACAAUGAAUAUUAUUUUAAUGUCAAUAAAAUGAAUCCAAAUUUCAAUAAAAGAUUGGAUAAGUUCCUUGAUGGUAAACUUCAAAAUGAUGAAAAAUUAGACCAAAUCAUUCAUGAUUUGAUCAAUAAGGAAUUCAAUAUGAAUUUGAUUAGUUCAAAGGAUUUACCUGUAAGAUUUAAACAAGUUAAAGAAUUCAUGAUUAAUUACUACAAACAACAAAAUGGAAAGAACUAUCCAACAUUUCAAAGUACUAAUUUUGUUAGAAUUUGUUAUGUAACAGUAAUGAAGUUAUUACAAAAAAUGUUCCCUGAUGGAAUUUACUGUAAUAAACAACAAUUUACUGAUUUAUAUCAACAAUAUUUAGAUGACCCAAUGUCAAUUGUUUAUUUACCAUGUCAUAAAUCUCAUGUUGAUUAUAUCAUCAUGCAUAUUUUAACUGUUAGAUUUCAAUUAGCCACUCCAACAGUCAUUGCUGGAGAAAAUUUGAAUGUAGCUAUCUUUGGUACUAUUCUUAAGAAAUUAGGAGCUAUUUUCAUCAAGAGAAGUUUCAAUAAUGAAAUUUAUACCGAAAGAAACUUACAACAUUUACUUGAGUAUCUUAUUGAAAAUAAAAUUGAUCUUGAAUUAUUCAUUGAGGGUACGAGAUCAAGAGAUGGGAAACUUUUAUUACCAAAAUAUGGGAUUUUAAAGAUGUUCCAGAACAUUUAUACUGACACUGGUAAUGAUUGUUUGAUCCAACCAGUAUCAAUCUCAUAUGAGAGAAUCUAUGAAGCUGAUGGAUAUUUGAAAGAAUUGAUCGGUAAAGAUAAGAAACAAGAAAGUUUUGUGAGCAUCAUUAAUAAUGGGGUUAAGAACUUAUUCGGAAGAGAAGAAGAAUUCAGUAUUGAUAGAAUCAUCAAGAAGAAUAAACCUUAUGAUAAUAUGAAUAGAGAUUUGAAAGGGAAAAUUUAUAUUCAAUUAGGUGAGACAUUUAAGUUAUCCUCAGUUAAGAACUUGAAACAAUUGAGUUUCAAAACUUUACAUACCAUUAAUCAAUUGAAUUAUUUGAUGGAAAUAUCAAUUAUCGGAGCUGUAUUACAAUGGUAUUUAUAUAAACAUGAUGUUAAGACCAUUGAUAUUGAAGGUCUCAAACCUUGGUGGGAUUUUGUUUUAACUAUGUUGGAAUAUGAGGUGAAAAAUGAUGUCAAUGCCAGUAUGAUUAAAUAUUUGGAAUCUUUAGAUAUGGAAGGUUACAAAUAUUUAUUGAAAUAUCAAAUCAUUAAAUUCUUCAAAUACAUCAAGGUUGAAGGUGAUACUAUUGUUAUUGAUAAAUCAUUAGAAUUAUUAUACUAUAAAAAUCUCACUAUUCAUUUACUUAUCACCAAAUCAAUCUUUGGUUUGAUUAUCAAUACCACACCUUCAAGACAUUGGUUGAAAUCAUUCAAUUUAUUAAAGAACUUGUUGAAGAGUGAAUUCUUAUUUGAUCAUAAUGAAAAUCCUAAUGAUGAAUAUGAAAAUAUUAUUGAAAAGUUCAAAGCUGAUGGGAAAUUGUCAAAUGAUUUAGAGGUUUUAGAUGCACAAUAUUUCCAGGAUUUAGCUUUGAUUGUUACUCCAUUCAUUAAAAGUUACAUGAUUUGUGUUGAAAACGUUCAAUCCAUUAUGAGUCAAUAUUAUUCAACUCAUAAACCUAUAUCUCAGGAAUUAUUAUUGACUAACAAUUUGAUGGAUUUCCCCAACACUAAAACCCUUCUUAAACUCAUUCAAACUUCCAAUCCUGACGCCGAUUUUGAAAGUAUAAACAAACAAUACUUAUUAUCGGAAUUAUAUUAUUUGAAUUAUCUUGGUUUGAUCAAAAUCUUUAAAAAUAAUGCAAAGACCAUAGCUUAUGUUAAGAUUGAAAGGGAAGAAGAUUUGAAAGUUUUGGGUGAUUUCUUGAAGAAUUUCUUCGUAAGAACUGAAGUUAGUGUUCCAUACGCUGCCAAAUUAAUUAAUAGGGAAAUAAAGUUGUAA